UGACAGCAAACGCGCCACUUAGGCAACUCCCAUAUCACUUAUAGAUAAGGUCAAAUAAAUAUCAAGAAUUAUCAAGAAACCAGAUAUCGUGCAACUGCAAGAACAAGCACAACCACACCCAUAACCAGUGACAUGUAUAUCAUGCGAUGAAGGCAAAGAGAUAUAUGAGAUUGACUCAGAAGCUUUUGAUUCCUCAGAAAUGGCAGCUCAGGCAGCUUCAUGUACUUCGCUCAGCACCAAGAUCUCACUCCCGUUGAAGCCGUCGUUCACCAUCGCUCUCCCUCGCUCUCUCGCUCCAUCGGAUGCGAGAAGGGCGCAGCGCAAGAGAUUCCAGAUUCAUGCCGAGUUAGGGGGAGGUGAGGGUGAAAUCAAGAAAGGAGGGAAGAAAAAGUUCAUAACCAGAGAGGAAGAGCCUCAACAAUACUGGCAGACGGCAGGAGAGAGGAAGGGCGAGAAUCCUAUGAAGACGCCCUUACCGUACAUCAUCAUUUUCGGCAUGGCGACGCCCUUCGUCAUCUUGGCCAUUGCUUUCGCCAAUGGUUGGAUUAAGGUACCUGUCCGAUGAUCUCGCUGGACACCGUGUCCACCUCUGUGAUUCCCACGGCUGGAGUUCUUAAUGCUACUUGACAUCCUUGUUAAAUGUUUGAAGACCAUCUUGCUUUUUCUCUGAGGAUCCGUUUUGUCCAGGGUUUUAUUUCACAUAGUCAAACAGUUUGUUUCUCCAUGAUAUGUUUCAGAUGUAAGAGUAUUUGGAUGUAGAAAUUGCAGCAGCAGCCAAACAUUGUCGUAGGCUUAACCCUGGUUGAGCGGAAUUGUAUAUCAGAAGAGAGUGAAAUGAAAUUAAAUAAGACAAUUUCUGCUUCAUCCUUA